AUGAAUGAGCUUUUCCAAAAAAUGAAAGUUUCAACCUUUAAAAAUACGCUUUUGUUUACCUAUUCCAUUUUCACCAUUGAGCCCGAAAAUAUCCGUUACAUGUGUAGUUCGGCAAACUUUGAUAGCUGGAACAUUGGUGACAGGCCAAAGGCGUUCCAUCCUUUGUUAGGUGAUGGUAUAUUUUCAAGUGAGGGUACAAGUUGGAAACACAGCAGAAUCAUGCUUAGACCAUUUUUCACCAAAGAAAAUAUUAAGCAAAUUACUUUAAUGGAACCAUACGUUCAACGUGUCAUUAAGUUGCUCAAGCAAAAACAAGGAAAAGUUGUCGAUUUGCAAGAGAUUUUCCAGUUUUUCACAAUCGAUUAUACGACAAAGUUCCUCCUUGGUGAAAGUUGUGACGCUUUAAAAGAUGCCCUUGGUGAAACCACGUCGAAUGCGAUAAAUAAAGAUUUGAAACUACAGUUUGCCGAGGCAUUUGAUCAAGCUUCUGAAUCCUUGAUGCUUAGAAUGGCAUUGGGCAAAUACUUUAUGUGGCUAGUCAAUUCCAAACCGUUCCACCAAGCGAUCAAAACUCAACACGAUUUUGUGGAAUACUAUAUUCAAAAGGCAUUGGCAUUGGAUGAAGAUGAGUUGACAAAGGUUUCUCAAAACAAUUUUACCUUUUUAUAUGAAAUUGCAAAACAAACAAAGGAUAAGAGUGUUUUAAGAGAUGAAAUCAUGAGUAUAAUUCUUGCUGGAAGGAAUACAACAAGUUCGCUCUUGACCUUUUUGUUCUUUGAAUUAUCAAGGAAUGAAGAGAUUUAUGAAAAAUUGAAGCAAGAAAUCAGACAAAAAUUCACGUCUGUUGAAUCUAUUACUUUUGCAAGUAUUCAGGAUUGUGAAUAUUUACGUUGGUGCAUUUACGAAACCCUCAGACACAGCCCUGCCGUUCCCUUUUCCUCUAAAACAGCAACCGUAAAUACAAUAUUACCCACAGGUGGCGGAGAGGAUGGCAAAUCUCCAGUUUUUGUAAGGAAAGGCCAAAAAGUCAUUUACUCCAUGUUUACAGCAAACAGAACCCCAAAAUACUUUGGCGCAAAGACAGAGGAAUUUAUUCCUGAAAGAUUUGCUGAGUUACCCAAAAGUGGUGGAAGCGCAUUCAUGCCAUUUAGUACGGGGCCAAGACUUUGUUUGGGUCAACAGUUGGCUCUUACUGAGACAAGUUAUAUGACUAUUAGACUAUUACAAACUUUUGAUCUGAUUAAACAAGCACCUAAUACUCCAUAUCCACCAAGAACUAAUUUUAGUGCUACCAUGAGAUUGAUGGAUGGUUGCCCAGUUUUAGUUGACUCGAAAGUUGAAGCUUAG